AAACAAAUGUUGACUCUCUGUACAAGUGAACACUUUAUCUAAGCACAACCCUGGUACAACAAUGGAAGAGCUAACAACAAUGGGUCUUCCUCUUAGAUUCUUGUUCUUUCUCUCUCUCGCUCUGUUCUCCACACUCCCAAACCAUCUUCAAGCAUCGUUCUCUCACGAAUCCCACAUCGAACUUCCAUCAGAAACUCAGCGUUCUUCGCAGAAACAGACUCACCUUCACUUCUUCUACCAUGAUCUUCGAAGCGCCAAGAACCCCUCCAUUGUGCAGAUCGUGGCCACCCCCAAGAACGUCCCCAACGGCUUCGGCUCCACUUUCGUCAUGGACGAUCCCAUGACGGAAGGCCCGGACCUCAGCUCCAAGCCCGUUGGGAGGGCCCAGGGGCUUUUUGGCCUGGCCUCUCUCAACGACCUGGGCAUGUUCAUGCUCAUCAAUUUCGCUUUCACGGAAGGGGACUACGCCGGAAGCUCCUUGAGCAUGCUCGGCCGGAACCCCAUAUCGGAGCAGAACAGAGAGAUGCCCAUCGUCGGUGGCACCGGCGUGUUCAGGUUCGCCACCGGCUAUGCUAUAGCCAACAGUGUCGAUCAAAUUUCUACCCCCGAGCAUUUUGUGGUGGAGUACAAUGUCACUGUGCGCCAUGGUUAAUGUCGUGUACCAGACCUUUUCUGGGUUUCUGGCUUCAUCUUUCACCUCUCGCUUGCAUCUACGAUUCAUCUAGAAAAAAAAAAACAACAGAAAAUACUGGUCUUUUUAUUACCGGUACUGUAGUUACUCUUUGGUUAGGUACUGGAACAACACCACUUAUUCAGAAAUAUCAGUUGCUUGUUUGAACUUGGGAGUUUUUUGGAUUCU